CGCCGUUCAACCUCCCCGCCCCAAAUACUCGACUUACCCAGUUACUACCCUCUAUACUAACCAGCAGGUACUUUCAGAUCCUCUCGUUUGCUCUAUACCUUCAGCUGCGAGUGAACAUACUUCAGGCAUCACUUUUUCCGCAACCAUUCGCUUCUUUUCAGACCGUGUACAUAACUCCCUGGCUGCUCGCUCCUGAGGAGGCUCUGACCGCCCUUUCUUAACGAUGGAGAACUACCAAAAGAUGGAGAAGAUCGGAGAGGGUACGUACGGUGUUGUGUACAAGGCCCGCGACCUCACAACAAAGGACCAGCGUAUCGUCGCCCUCAAGAAGAUCCGUCUCGAAGCCGAAGACGAAGGUGUUCCUUCUACCGCCAUUCGUGAGAUCUCGCUUCUCAAAGAGAUGAAUGACCCCACCGUUGUCCGCCUCCUGAACAUUGUCCACGCCGACGGCCACAAGCUCUACCUCGUCAUGGAGUUCCUCGACCUUGAUCUCAAGAAGUACAUGGAGGCAUUACCUGUCAGCCAGGGUGGUCGCGGCAAGCCUUUGCCAGAAGGCUCGGGGCCUAGACUAUCGACUCUGGGCCUUGGUCCUGAGAUUGUGAAGAAGUUCAUGACCCAGCUGUGCCAGGGCGUGCGAUACUGCCAUGCUCACCGGAUAUUGCAUCGCGAUCUCAAGCCCCAGAACUUGCUGAUCGACAUGGAGGGCAAUCUGAAGCUCGCAGAUUUCGGUUUGGCGCGUGCAUUCGGUGUGCCGCUGCGAACAUACACUCACGAGGUCGUCACGCUCUGGUAUCGUGCCCCUGAGAUUCUUCUCGGAGGCCGCCAGUACUCCACAGGUGUCGACAUGUGGUCUGUCGGCUGCAUCUUCGCCGAGAUGUGCACCCGCAAGCCAUUGUUCCCUGGUGACUCGGAGAUUGACGAGAUCUUCAAGAUCUUCCGAAUUCUCGGUACACCUACCGAACAGGACUGGCCUGGUGUGACGUCGUUCCCCGACUUCAAGCCCUCUUUCCCCAAGUGGCAGCGAACGGAUAUUGCAGCGAUCGUGACCAACCUGGACGACGCUGGUCUCGAUCUUCUCGAUGCCAUGCUCGUGUACGACCCUGCGGGACGUAUCUCCGCAAAGCAGGCCGUUCAGCACCCUUACUUCACGGGCCAGAACGGUUUCUUCAACAACGGCUUUCAUUAGAUGAGCGCAUGAUGGUCCCUGGAGGAUGUCACGCUACGACGGUAAUGGAAUUUGGGAAAACAGGAUGCAUAUGGGAGGCAGAGGAAAAGGAGGUGGGAAGGCGUGGUUAAUUGUGAUUCCCAUUACUUUGUCUGAUUUGAGCCUGACAAGGCCUUUUUUCUUUCGUCUGUAAUGAGGGUGUGUAUAUAACACUAUUAACGUGGUGGUGGAUUAAAGGGAUGACCGGUCAUUAUUGGUCGAUUUUUUUGCAUGGCGUUUCACGGCAGUAUCGAGAUUUCAUUGCAUGCAUACAUGGGAGGGAAUCAUCAGGACGAGGGAGAGAUGAAUUGAACUUCCAACUC